AUGACGACGAAUAAACGAACAUCGUCUACAGUUUUGACUGAUGAUAGUGAAACAAAAAAGCGUAAAAAAGAUGACGUUACGUCAUCAUCAUCGUCCACGACAAGUAAAGAACCAACUCCAACUUUCCUUAAUGAAAAUAGUCCAGUCAAAAAACUUUGUGAAUACGGUGAAGCAUGCUAUCGACAAAAGAACCCAUUACAUACAGCUGAAUACGAUCAUCCCCCCGCUCGUGAAAAACCGUCGACCAAUAAACAUUUGUCUCCUAUUGAAAAACUUGAACAAAGUGAACCUUUUCGCUUUUUUCUCACGACGGUUCAUGGUAUCUCGCACAUACACAAUCAAUCGAAUGCGAUGAGUUUCAAAGAAAUUCUUUCCACACAACAUGGACAACUUGUACGUUCGGCACAAUUUAAUUACAUGUUCGAUAUUGAAUUCAUUCUCGAACAAUAUCCAUCGGAAUUUCGACUUAAACCAUUAUUGAUUGUUUAUGGUGAUUCCAGACAUGAUAAUCAUUCGUUGAAACUUCAAUCGUCGCCAUAUCCACAAAUUGAAUUGUGUCCAGCUCGUCUCGAUAUACCAUAUGGAACACAUCAUACGAAGAUGAUGUUUUUAUUGUAUGAAACUGGCCUACGCAUUGUUAUUCAUACAGCAAAUCUUAUUGAACAAGAUUGGAAACAAAAAACUCAGGGCAUUUGGAUAAGUCCUAUUUGUCCGAAGCUAAAUGGUACUACAGAAGAAUCCAAAACAAAUUUUAAGAAGGAUCUAAUUCAAUAUGUCGAACGAUAUCGUGCUAAGCAAUUGCAAUUUUGGUUAAAAACCAUCACAGAACACGAUUUUAGUAAUAUUAAUGUACAUCUGAUUGGUUCUAUACCUGGUCGUCAUACUGGUCCCGAUAUGAAUAAAUUUGGUCAUUUAAAACUCCGACAGACUUUGAAAACAUAUAUUGGUCUAGAAAACGACGCUCAGUAUUCAUCAGCACCAAUUGUUGGACAAUUUUCCAGUAUCGGAUCAUUGGGCGCAACUGCCAAUUCUUGGCUAACAAAAGAAUUUCUCACUUCACUCAAACAGCUCAAUUCAUCGGCUUUAGAAUCUCCUGAAUUGAAAUUGAUCUAUCCAUCGGUUGAAAAUGUUCGUACGUCACUCGAAGGUUACAUGGCUGGUGGAAGUUUGCCUUAUAAUAUACAAAAUGCAAUGAAACAAGGCUGGCUGGUCAAUUUUUUCCAUCAAUGGAAAGCGGAUCAUCGUCAACGUAGUCGAGCUUCUCCACAUAUCAAAACAUAUUUACGAGCUACAAAUGACCAAUACAAACAACUUCUAUGGUUUUUAGUUACAAGCGCAAAUCUAUCGAAAGCUGCGUGGGGUGUGUUAGAGAAGAAUAACACACAAUUGAUGAUUCGAUCAUAUGAAAUCGGUGUUUUAUUCAUACCCAAACAAUUUUCGCAAUCAGUAUUUUCUGUAUCAGACUCACCAGCAUUUCCUAUUCCUUACGAUUUACCCCCUGUGAAGUAUCAAUCAACAGACAAACCAUGGGUAGUUGAUAUCGCCUACAAAAAUCAACCGGAUUCUCAUGGAAAUAUGUGGGAUCCCAGUGACUAA